AUGGUGAAGCCCUUCAUAGCUUUUCUCUCCCUCUUGGGAAGUCUCGCAUUCGCUGAUGUAGUUGAUCGCGAUCCCUUGGAAUACAUCCCAGCUCCAUCUGGCACUUACAUCCCACCUAAGGAUCCCAGCAUCAGCACAUUGCUAGACUUUGUCAAGUCGCGAGAGGACCUAAGUAUCCUGGCAACAGUGCUAAACGAAUGCGCUGGGUUUAGCGAAGCUUUCGAUACGGCUCCUUCUUGGUCCUAUACCUUCUUCGCUCCUUUAGAUACGGCUUUUAGAAAUACGGGAGCAUACUACUCUACAUUCGCGGCCACUCCAAAGGGUAAAUGGUGGCUUGGAAAUCUACUACAGCACCAUUACGUGCCGAAUUCUCAACUCAUGGUUAAGAACUUCAAUACUACGUACACACGCUUUCAGACUGGGACCUUCCUUUUUGUUGGAGCGCAGAUCAUUGAUGGGAACCUUACCCUGAACAAAGUUGCCAGUGUCACUGAGGCAGAUAUUCCCCUUACGAAGGGUAUCGUUCACAUCGUUGAUCAUUUGUUAGAUCCUUCGGCGCAGAUAUUUGAGGUUGAUUUGGCGAAAACCAGCCAGGGUUUUAUACCGGGAAGCUGCUCAAAUCCAGCUUUACCAUACUGCUGA